GUAGAUUUAGAGUUCCUUGGUGCUGCCAAGAUCUAUACUUUACCUCAUUUUCCCAUCCCUAAGAAUGGUUGGACGCUAAAGAAAACAGGUGGAGUGAAGAAUACCAAGUACUACCCAUGUUGUAAGGAGCCUUACCCCGACAUCACCUUUAACCUGACUGUCACUCGCAGAAGCACUUAUCUGGUGGUUGUCUAUAUAUAUCCAGUGGUCAUCGUGGCAUUCGUCUCUCCAUCUAUGUUUCUCAUCCCAUAUCAUAUACCAGGAAAAGUUCUCUUUGGGUUGUUGGUUCUGCUCGUAGAAGUGAUACAGUUGAUGAUGAUAAACUUAGUUUUACCUGGACACAGAGUAAACACACCAAUCGUAGUGUGGGUUUACUUGUAUAAUAUGGCCAUGACAACCGUCUCAUUGUUUUUUACCCUCGUCACAAUUAAUUUGAGUGCAAUCGGCUUUUGUGCAAGACCUGUACCAAACUUUAUCAGAAAGUUUCUGCUCGACAAUGCGAUUGGACGCCUGUGUGGUGUAUCAGAAAAAUCAGUAAAUUGUGGUGGUUUUGAUAACCCCUUAUAUAUGAGUAGUAUAGUUCGCACUUUUGAGACACAUGGAGCUGGAGCAUUGUGGAGCACAAUUGUGGAGCAUUGUGGAGCACUGAAGCAUAUGGAGCUGGAGCAUUGUGGAGCACAACCUGAUUGGACAGAUAUAGUGGAGCACAACCUGAUUGGUCAGAUGAAGCAGAUGACCUGUAACGUUACAUUCAACCAUCUUGAAUUUUGGUUUCAACGUUACUAA